UUUUUGACGUUUAGUCAUUCAUAAAUUUUUUUAGUGACGAAAACAAAUUUUUUAUUUGCGUUUUAUAAUCAAAUUUGAUUAUUUUUUAUUCGAAACUCAUCAAUAAAUUCAAGUACAAAUCUAAUUUGGAAUAAAAAAAGAGACACUGCGAUUAUUGAAGAACAUCAACAUGGCUGGCUCCGCGCUCCGAAGAUUGAUGGCUGAAUAUAAACAAUUGACACAAGAUCCGCCAGAAGGUAUUGUCGCUGGACCAAUAAGUGAGGACAACAUUUUUGAAUGGGAAGCUCUGAUAGCAGGCCCAGAAGGCACCUGCUUCGAAGGUGGUGUAUUUCCAGCAAAGCUGGUGUUUCCCCCAGACUAUCCAUUGAGCCCUCCGAAAAUGAAAUUCACAUGCGAAAUGUUUCAUCCGAAUAUCUUCCCAGAUGGUCGAGUAUGUAUUUCAAUUCUUCAUGCCCCCGGUGACGACCCGAUGGGAUACGAACUCUCUGCAGAACGUUGGAGUCCCGUACAGAGUGUCGAGAAAAUCUUACUAAGUGUUGUAUCUAUGCUAGCCGAACCCAAUGAUGAAUCCGGUGCGAAUGUUGAUGCUUCAAUAAUGUGGCGUGAACAUAGAGAUAAAUUUACUGAAAUAGCAAGAAGAUUAGUUCGAAAGUCUUUAGGGCUUCCAACAUAAAUUUACUUAACAAUCAAAAAACAAUUAAAAAGAAACAAAACAAAAAACGAAAAUAAUCUUCUUUCGGGAAUUUAGUUGGCGUGUUUUUAGGUUUAUACAAAUUUAUAUAUUCUUAGUUGCAGCAUCAGCAUAAUAUAAAAGUUCUGGUAUAUAAAUUUCGUUUAUAUUUUUAUGUCGGAAUAAUCAGGAAGCAAUUUUAAGCAAAUUUUAUAGCAUAGUUACACGUUGCAUAAAUUAAUUCUUCAUUAACACUUUUAAGUAUAUUUGUACUUUAUUUAAGAAGGGAUAUUGAUGAUGAUGAUGAUGA